CGUAAAUGCGUACAGCGCAGUGUCACAUCCACGCAAUGCAUUGCGGGUAAUCACUACAGGCUGCAUGUUUCGUUGACAUUGGGAAAUUGCCUAGCACUACAGUGGGUCUCUCAAAGGUUUAGGUAAUUUAAAGAGUCUGCAGCCAUGGGCUCGACAAUGUCAAAUCCCGCUCCCACGGUCAAAGCUGAGGCUGUUAUGGUGGCUCCAAAUAUCGGGCUGUCCCCACCUCAAGGCUGCCCCAUGCAUCGAGAGCCCCAACAAACUUCUCCAUCGCCACCUGUCUCUCCUCCAUCGGAGUGUCCUAUGCACCAAUCAGCUCCUGCUGCGGCUGCAGCCCCGGGACCAGUCCAUCAGGACCGGGCAUAUGAGUUUGUGGAGUGUCCUAUGAGAGCAGGUGCUCAAGGACUAGGACCCAAAGGUGACAUUGACCCAACAAAUAUGAUGCCACCUCCUAAUCAAGUCCCAGCCCCUGACCAGCCCUUCUCACUUGACCUGGGCAGACAGGAGUCAAAAAUCCCCCGCGCAGGAACAGAGAAAAACUGGGUGUAUCCCUCCGAGCAGAUGUUCUGGAAUGCCAUGCUGAGGAAGGGCUGGCGCUGGAAAGAGGAUGAGCUCGCUCCUGACGACAUGAGCAACAUCAUCAGAAUCCACAACCGGAACAACGAGCAGGCCUGGGAGGAGAUCCUGAAGUGGGAGGCCCUCCAUGCGGAAGAGUGUCCGUGUGGGCCAUCCCUCAAGCGUUUUGGCGGGAAGGCAAAGGAGUUCUCACCUCGGGCUAGACUACGGCACUGGAUGGGGUACGAGUUGCCAUUCGACAGACAUGACUGGAUUGUAGACCGCUGUGGAAAGGAGGUGCGAUAUGUGAUUGACUAUUAUGACGGCGAUGUGGACAAAGAUACCUACCAGUUCUCCAUCCUGGACGUGCGUCCGGCCUUCGACUCGAUGGGCGCCGUGUGGGAUAGGGUGAGGGUGGCAUGGUGGCGUUGGACAUCGUGAAAUGGAACGCGCGAAACCGAUAAACACAAAUACACACCAACAACAAAAAAAAACUUUGACUUGCAUAAUAUGUGCUCUGACAAUGACAGCGGUUAUCUCAUCUCAGUUUUAAGACAUUUACCUGAUAGAUUCUUAUCAGAUUUGUGAAUUAUUAGUGCUCUAGGUAGAAUAAUCUCUGGCCUUUUUCGCUGCAAAAAGAGCUUGAUUGUACAUUUUCCAGAGAGAAAAAAACCCAACAACCUCUGUUGCUGAAGUUGACUUUUAUCAGAUUUAUGAUUCCUUGCAUUCUGUGUAUAAUUCUAUCUUCCAAGAACGCCUGUGAAACACCAUUUCAUAUUUCGAUGUGCAGUCGUCACUCACUGUACAAAUCUUUUUUAACAGCUUGUUUGAGUGAUACUUUGAGCUAUUAGAGUUGUGGUGUAAUUCGAACGUAAUAAGAAGUGAUGAGAGGUCUUGCUUUUUGGACAGGGUGACUCUUAUCUGGCAGAGUUUAUUAUCAAAGUAGAGCUUUUCAAACGCACAGUGAGGUUUUACUGAUUGUGAGGUUUGCGUGAGAGUUACCUGAUCUUGUCCCGAGUAAGGCGGUGUUUUCAUGAAGCAGCAGCUGAAAAUGUCCACCAUACUGCACUCCCGGUUGGUAAUCAUAUAGCUUGUGUUGGCGGCAUGGAGCAAGACAUAAAGCAGGACUUCUAUUCAAUGCACAGUAGACUCAAAGUGCUGUUGUGCUGUAAGUAGAGGUCUGAAGAGCUUUAAUUACUGAAUGACGAUGGUGGGGCGGGAGGGUGGGGGCGGUAUCUAAGAGAAGGUAUUGUAUGUCUAUAGCUAAUUACAUGGCUCAAAUCUUCCAACAUACUGGUGGUUGUGAUCAUUUCUUUUCUCUCAAAAAGGGAAUCUGUUCCGUUAUCAGUUUUGACUGUAUUCUUUGCUGUUGUGGUUGGCCAGUAAUAUAGCCCCAUCUGCUUAGUGCAAAAGCAACAUUUUGUAAUAUCACUCUUACACAAUCUUAUUUAUUAUCUGUUUUUUCUUUCGAUUGGUUUCUUGAUGCUUCCAUAACUGUGAAAGAAAAUGUCACCCAAACGGUUUUUAUCUCUUACUACCAAACUAAUAAAACACAGACCCUCAAAGUA